AUGUUUUCAAGAGUGAAAUAUAUAAACAUUUUAAUAUCAUCAAUUAUUUUAUUCAUUGUCUUUAAUUUUGUUGAAUGUUCGAAUAAAUUAAAAGAAGAUAAUAAUAAUAAUUUUAAUAAUAAUUAUAGUAAUGAAUAUUAUAGCAAUAAACAAUUAAAUUUUAAAAAACCAAUUAAACAAAAUAAUCAAAGUGAUGGAUUACAUUUAUCAGAGAAUGAUAGGACAUAUAGUUUCGAUUCAAAUUAUUGUUUAAAUGAAUUUAUUUUAGAUAAAAUAGAAAACGAUUUAACUUUAUUUCAAAAUACUAUUUAUAAAAUUAAUUUUAAUAAAACAUUUGAUAUAUUUGUUAAUUUAUGUUUAAUUAAUAAGACAACAACACCUUGUAAAACAGAUGAAUCAGUAUGUAUGGUUAAUUCAAAUACAGGAUUGGAGAUUGAAAAUUUAGGUUAUUUCAAUACAUUGGAAUACGCCAAUAACAAUGCAUUGGGUGUAGAUUUCUCAUUUGUUGGUGGUCAAUGUUUAAAUUUUGGACAUGGAGGAUUCGGUAGUGAUAGUAGUGGUGAUUCAAUCUAUUAUAAAACAAAUAUUAGUUUAAUUUGUGGUUCAAAUGAUAAUGAAACAAUGAUCUCAUUUUUAAAUCCUUGUCAUUUAUCAAUUAUUAUUAAAACAACUAAUAAUUGUGUAGUUUCAAGUCAAUCAAUUAAUUCAGUUUUAAAAAUUUUUGUUAUUUUAUUUGCAGUUAUUAUAGCAUUCGCUUUUAUUAUUGGGUUAAGUGUAUUAUGUAGAGAGAAAUUAAAAAAAAUUUGUUGUUGCUUUGGUCAAAACAGAAAUAGUUUAAAUAAUUUAAAUCAAAAUAAUAUAAAUAUAAAUGAUGAUUCUCUAAAUAAUAUUCAACAACCAAAUGAAAAUACACAUUUAUUAAAUAAUAAUAAUAAUAAUGGUAUAAGUCUAAUUAAUAAUAACAAUAACAAUAGCCAGAAUAAUAAUAAUAAUAAUAAUAAUAAUAAUAAUAAUAAUAAUAAUAAUAAUAAUAAUAAUAAUAAUAAUAAUAAUAAUAAUAGUAAUAGUAAUAGUGGAAACGUAUUUAAUCAUAAUGUACUCCAGGGUGAAACACCAGAAUCAGAUUGUUGCACAAUUUGUUUUGAUUCAAAAAUCAAUGCAGUUUUGUUAAAAUGUGGACAUUGUGCAGUAUGCUUGCAGUGCACUAGAAAAAUUAGUAUUUGUCCAAUUUGUAGACAAAAAAUUGAUUCUGUAGUUCAAAUGUAUCAAGUUUAA